GUGCCCCAGCCACAACAAGGCGAAAUCAGGGGUGGUCACGCCGAGCGACUACGCGAAGACGCAGUCGGCGGGGGCGAAGAUCUCCCAACCCACAUUGCGCGCGCGUCUACGCCCGAGGAUCGAUGGUUGGCGGCGGGGGGCGCCGCGCGGCGCUGGGGCGCUGGUGCCUGGUGAUCCUGGCCGUGGCCUCCGCGCUAGGGGUCUCUGGCCCCGCCUUCUACUGGCGCUACAAGAAGGGCUUCUCCUCCUCCUCCCCCUCGUCCACCGCGGCGGCGGUGGCUUCUUCCCCGUCGUGCCCUCCCUGCAGCUGCGACUGCCCGGCGCCCCUUUCCCUCAAGUCCAUCGCCCCAGGGCUUGCCAACUUCUCAAUAACAGAUUGUGGGAAAAACAACCCUGAGCUUGCCAAAGAGAUGGAGAAGCAAUUUGUCGAUCUUCUUAAUGAGGAACUCAAGCUGCAGCAGGUUGUAGCUGAGGAGCAUAGUCACCACAUGAACGCCACUCUUGUCGAAGCAAAAAGACAAGCUACUCAAUACCAGCGAGAAGCCGAAAAGUGUAAUGCAGCUACAGAGACCUGCGAGGAAGCUCGGGAGCAGUCUGAAGUAGCAAUUUCAAAGGAGAAGAAACUCACAGCAAUGUGGGAACAGCGAGCUCGGCAACUGGGUUGGCAUGAUUCUCGAGCCACGAGCAUGUGACAGCUUUAGUUCUGAAUUUUCAGGUGAAAUUAUUUCUGGUAGCUGCAUGGGUUAUGCCUUGCAGCCAAACCAACCGGCGACGUUUGUCUAUGUAAUAUCAGUUUCCACGACAACAUUGUUAAUUUUGAGUCUCAACAUUAUAGUUCCAGCUUCCUUACAAAUGUGACUAGCUUGCUGCCGCCUAGAUAUCUGAAUUUUGUCAUAGUACUGUUGAAAGCCAUUUUAUUAAGGACAUGUUUGUUUUUCUCCUAGAUUAUAUAACCUGAAUUAUGACGAAAGAGUAAGAGGGUAAAAUAUCACUUUGAAAGCACAAAUAAGCUGAACUAAACUACUCAAUGCCAGCUUAUUUAUAGUUCUAAAGUGAUAUUUUUACCCUUCUACCCUUACACCAUAAUCCAACUUAUAUAAUCUAGAAGGGAAACAACAGAUCUAAGUGCUGAUUUGGUGACAAAAGAAUCACUGGGGAUGGAAGAGGGUUAAAGGAGAAAUAAACUAAUUUUCCUCUCAAUCCCAUCUAAUUCUCCCGUGAUCUCUGGUCACUAAAACAGCCCUAAGUGUUGUGGUUGUGGUUUAAUGCCGAAUUGUUGGAGAAACUUAAUUCAAAUCUGGAUACAGGAUGUACAGAGUCUUGAUCUAUAGCAUCAAUCUGGCGGUACAGCUU